AGAGAGAAACACCUUGCUUCCUUCCAGUGUCAUUUUCCGAGAUAUACUCUCGAGGAAAAACACCCACAACCCAAAUCUCUGUUCUUCUCCUUUCCUUGCCUUUCUGGAAUUCCCCCCAUUCUCUUUACUCUCUUCUUUUUCCAUGCCUCUCUCUCUCUCUCUCUCUCUCUCUCUCUCUAUUUGAAGAAGACACACAAGAAACUUUGUUUUACUUCAUCCCUCUUUUAAGUUCUUUGGUUCUCACCUAAGCUUUCUACACAAACUUCCAUAACCCUCCAACCUCUCUCUCUCUCUCUCUCUCUCUCUCUCUCUCUCUCUCUCUCCAAGAAAAUCAAGAACAACUUUAAAAUAGUUGUUUGAAAUCUACCCUUUUCCAUUUCCUUCUCUCUUUUUGGUUCCUUCUACCUUCUUGGAAUCAAUUAACCCCCAAAAAGCCACCAUUUGGGAAAAAAGAUCAAAUCCAAAGGGGAACAAAAAAAAAAUGCCCAUGGAAGGGAUUUUCGUAGAACCCUCAUCAAACCAGCUCCCUGAUCUCUCUCUCAACAUUAGCCCUCCAAACAUUUCCACUUCCUCUUCAUCAUCCCUUCACAACAUUAGCAGUUUCGAAAAAUAUGACAAAUCUAACCCUGCCACUUCUUCUCUAAUCACUGAGCUUUCUCUAGCUCACCCGUCGACCACCACACACGACGGCGGCCGCGGAAGCUUCGCCGAUCGGGAACCGCCGCGAAACCCUAACCUCCACCACUAUUUCCACCAGUACCACCACAACCCUAGUCCCACCACUACCAGUAGCCAGUUGAAUCACUUGAACCGUGGCGUUUCGUUGAUGGAUGUAUCGGACGGCUUGAGACCCAUAAAGGGUAUACCCGUGUACAAUCACAACCGUUCAUUCCCUUUCCAUCAAAUGCCUUAUCCCCCUCCUUCUUCUUCUUCCCCUUCGUCUUUUCCCUCUCACUCUCCCGCUUCGCCUUAUUUCGGGUCUACCACUUUGGAUCCUUUGUCCAUCUUAGCCUCCGGCCCCAACGGAUCUUCGCCCCUGUACCGGAAUUUCCCCAGUGCGACGAGAUUCACCGGACUCUCGUCGCCCCACCACCACCUAAACAAUAAUUAUCAGUACGGAGUUGGGCCUUCCCACGAGGCCCAACUCCACGGGAUAAUGAGGUCAAGGUUUUUGCCCAAGCUGCCCACUAAACGGAGCAUGCGGGCACCUCGGAUGCGGUGGACGAGCUCUCUCCACGCGCGAUUUGUUCACGCCGUGGAGCUCCUUGGCGGCCAUGAAAGGGCAACACCCAAGUCAGUUCUGGAGCUAAUGGACGUAAAAGAUCUCACAUUAGCUCACGUCAAGAGCCAUUUACAGAUGUAUCGAACUGUUAAGACCACUGACAAACCUGCUGCUUCCUCAGGCCAAUCGGAUGGGUCCGGAGAAGAAGACAUAUCCACAAUGGGGAGCUCACUCCGGUUCACUGACCAAAGGGGUCCAUCUGACGGUUCUUUGCCACAAGACACAGACUUCCCUUCUACUACCACCACCACUCUCUGGAGUAACUCCUCAAGCACAAGAGAGGCUUGGAUGCAAACCAAUUCCGACGAGAUGGAUACGCUUAGAACGUCAGUGUUGCUGUCACAACAGAAAUCUGGACGCCAGAUAGAGGAGAGUGAUCAUUUGAGAAGGGUGAAGAGUUACUUGGGUUCGGAUUUGAAUCAGAAGAACCCUAGCUUGGAAUUCACGUUAGGCAGGCCAGACUGGCAAGGGAAGGAUCAGCUUUGACUGAUGAUCAUUAGCUAGGUUAUAUAUCUUUUGUUGAAUGGAGAUCAAGAAGGCACAAUAUAAUGGAUAUAUAAAUGUAUCGCAAGAGGGAUUGGCCGGUGGAAUUAAGGAAUGAGAUAGCAAGAGAGAGAUUCUAUAUAUACAAAUAUAUAUAUAGUUUCUUCCAUCCAAUAUGCAUGUCUGUAUUGGACGUUUUUUUUCUUAAUUUUUCAUUUCAUUCAAAAAGCCAUGCUAUGUUAAUUAGCCCAUGCAUGGUUUUCAUCUC